AUGCUCCAUUCGAAGCGGCUUCGACCUCUUCGUUCUCUGCUGGCGGCGGUUCUGGUAUUUGGACAGUUGACCUCAGGUGCUGCCAUCACUAGACGUGCCAACAUCUCAGCAACAUGCCCAGAUUACACGGACUACGCUCAGCAGCCGCACGCGCCAUACAGCCAAGGGCCCAAUAAGUUGCCAUUCCAAAGACCAUCCCCCGCCUGUCGAACCUUCAAUUCAUCGGUAGUCGAGGGUACGAUCAACAAGUUCCAGCGCAUCAUCAGAGAUAAUGACUUGUUCUGGCUCUUUCGCAACACAUUUCCUAACACGCUAGACACGACGAUCAAGUGGCGAGGACACAGUGCGAACGACUCGACUGAAGAACUCGCAUUCCUGGUGACGGGAGACAUUGAUGCUAUGUGGAUUCGUGACUCUUCGAACCAGAUUCAUGCGUAUGAAUCUUUACUGGAGCCUUCGAACGACCCGAACAGCCUGGCGAGCCUGUUCCGUGGCACCAUCAACUUGCAGUCACGAUUCAUUUCUCAACAGCCUUGGUGCAACUCGUUCCAGCCACCGCCAGAGUCAGGUAUCGGUACGCAUUACAAUGGUGAUCCGUAUACUUUCACCCCCGAUACAAUUGACAUGAACUAUUGCUUUACUCCAAACUUUGAGCUGGAUAGCUACGGUGCUUUCUUCCAAGUCAGCCAUGACUACUACUCGCGGACCAGAGAUUCGGCGUUCUUCGGCAAGUACAACUGGAUCGCAGCGGUGAGGGAGAUUCUUCGAGUGAGCAAGUUGCAGAUGGCAGGGUUCUACAACGACCAGACUGGAGAGCCAUUGGUCCCUGCGUAUACCUUCAACAGUCAGACGACGACAUCUGGCGGAACUCUGGAUUUGAAUGGUGUUGGUGCCCCAGUUCGCUACACCGGAAUGGUAAAAGCACCUUUUGGGCCUAGCGAUAACAGCAACAUUUACGAGUUCAUGGUCCCAUCAAACAUCAUGUUCGCAGGGUACCUAGUCGUUGGCGCCGAGAUCAUGGACAAACUCAGAAACCCCUCGGCCAAAUCUCUCGCUGCCGAAAUGCGCUCCAUGUCGCAGACAAUUCGUGCGGCGAUUCAGAAGUACGGUGUAGUUCCAAACCCGAACGACCCGUCGAAGCAAAUCUACGCCUUCUCUGCCGACGGCUACGGAGGUCGCUCGCUCAUGGACGACGCCAACACUCCAUCUCUCCUGAGCAUCCCUCUGCAACAGUACAUUCUUUCUCCUCGCUCAGCCGAGGCGACGAUUUACCAAAACACUCGCGAAUGGCUUCUCUCGCUCGACGACCCAUGGUGGUCGCAAGGUCCAUACAUCAGUGGAGUAGGUAGCCCACACACUGGAACUGGCAAGCCGUGGCCGAUGGCUUUGAUCACGAGGAUUCAAACGAGCAAUGAUGACGGAGAGAUUUUGAGCCAGCUUCAGCAGCUCGUCAAUUCAACGGCGGGAUUGGGGUUGAUGCAUGAGAGUGUCAAUAGUAGAAAUACGACGGAUUGGACGAGGCAGUGGUUUGCAUGGUGCAACUCGCUCUUUGGCGAGAUGAUUCUUGAUUUGAAUGAGCGGAAACCAUAUCUCCUAUCGAGAAAUCUGUACUAG